AUGAAAAAUUCUGCUUUCUUAAUCAAUUGUGCGCGUGGUGGUAUCGUUAAUGAACAGGCUUUAGCAGACGCAUUAAGACAAGGCAAAAUUGCAGGUGCGGCAACAGAUGUACUUUCUGUUGAACCGCCGACACAAGAUGAUAUUCCAAACUUGAUUAUCACACCGCAUAGUGCGUGGGGCAGUGUUGAUGCACGUCAAGGUAUUGUGAAUCAAAUGCUUGAAAAUGUUGAGGCAUUUAAGCAGGGGAAAGUGAUUCGUCAGGUGAAUGGCUAA